UCCUUGCCAGGUAACCUGUCACGUGACGCCGCGACGGACCUUCCAGGCCCCCAAACAACAGCAGCAGCAGCAGCAGCAGCCUCCGCCGCCGCCGCCGCCGCCGCCGCCGCCGCAGUUUACGCGUCACCUGCUGAACCUCCUGUGCUUCUUCCUCUUCUGACAGCAGUUAGCUCCGAAAAGAUGAUCCACUUCUAACUCCCUCAUGAGACCCGUUCAGAUGUUCCGAGCCAUGCUUCUCCUGUCCACCUUGUUUCUCCUCUUCCUCUACUCCAGCCUCCAUAAAGAGGUGCUGGUCCACAUUCAGUCCAGACCACGAGGCCCACUGGGGCAGGACAGCCCGCAGUCUGCGAAGGUCACCAAGUCCUUUAGCAUUAAGCAGAACACAGCCCUCUCCCGUCACCCCGCCAUCCUCAAUGUGUCUGUCUCUGCAAGCUUCAGGAGCUCCGUCCCGGAGAACGGCGCCUACUGGAACCGCCUGCUGCACUCGGGCCUCAGGCGUCUGGACAAGAGGGAGGAGCCUCUCGGUCAUGAGGCGCCAUGGCACCGCUGCAGGGAGACCAAUCAGGAGUUUCUGGAGACCAACGUGCCCGAUGUGGCCUCCUACCCGCUCCUCUUCCGCAACUUUUUGCAGGGGAUGAAGUGUCGCUCGCCCCCACUCCUUAUCGAUCAGCCCGCCAAGUGCAAGGAGGCGAAGGGGUCCAACGCCACCUUCCUGCUCUUCGCCAUCAAAUCCACGCCGGCCAACUUUGAGCGCCGGCAGGCGGUGCGGGACACGUGGGGGCGAGAGCAGCUUCACGAGGGGCGACUGAGGGUACGCACCGUGUUCCUCCUGGGCGCCCCCUCAAUGGAUGACCCCGACCUGGGCCUGCUGCUGGCCUUCGAAGCCAAGCAUUACGGGGACAUCCUGCAGGCCGACUUCCAUGAGUCGCUAUUCAACCUGACGCUGAAGAUGAACACCUUCCUCCGGUGGGCGCUGCUGAGGUGUCCUCGUGUGUCCUUCGUCUUCAGCGGGGAUGACGACGUCAUCGUCAACACGCAGGCCUUGCUGAGCUACCUGGAGUCUCUGGACCCAUCCAAGGCCACUCGCUUGUACGUGGGCCAAGUUAUCAAGACAGCCAGCCCCCUCCGGGACCCCAAAAGCAAAUACUUCAUCCCUCUGAGCUACUACGAUGGACGCUACCCCGUCUACGUGGGCGGUGGUGGCUUCCUCAUCUCCGGAGCAUUGCUACUGCCUCUCUACUCCGCCUGCAGCGCCAUCCCCUUGUUCCCCAUCGACGACGUCUACAUCGGGAUGUGUUUCAGCGCUCUGCAGGUUUCCCCCGAGGACCACGCCGGCUUUCGCACCUUCGAUAUCCGCGAGAAGGACCGGGACAACCUGUGCGCCUACAAAAGUCUGAUCCUCGUCCACCGGCGCUCCCCGCAGCAGGUGAAGAAGAUCUGGAGGGGCAUUCAGAGUCCGCUGUUGACUUGUUGAGUCGGGACACUUGAAUCUGCAGUGUCGUGACAUGACCACCAACAGGAUACUGUUCUUUGUGUGCAAGGAUCAUGUGAUAGCGACGCAGCUGAAUUUACUCCAAAUCCCUUCAAAGUUGGAUCACACCCUGAAGAAACGCCUUUUAUUUUUGGAUUUAGCUGCAAACUGCAGCCUAUGCAAGAAGAAUCAAACCCCGACUAUUCUUUCAUCUAUUCUUUUUACCUCUGCCAAGGGACGAGGUAGAGUUUUGUGUUGAUAUUUCCUGGUUAGCUAGCAGGAUUAUGCAAAAAAGGAUUUCCAUGGAACUGUGCAGAGGAAAGACCCUGGGACUAAGGUUGCCGAUCGAGGACUUUUUUUUCAUCCCUGUUUGUCCAACCCGUCCUCCAUGAGCCAGGAAGUAGCCUGUCAGCCAACACAAGGAGAAACAAACAUGGAGCUCCGUUUUUGCAUUAGCACUAGCAGUUUUAGUUGAAAUGUCUUUAAUAUGGAACCCUUUAGACUGUGUUGCAUCGCAUGUAUCGAGGCGGUCCCCUUUCAAGGUGCUGUAGAGGUUUCCCAAAACUCAACAAUGCUAUGUGAAUUAAAAAGGAAAGAGGCCUUGGCAAGAUCAACCUCAGGUCCUUCUAUUUUUAGCAUCAUAGAUUUUAUAAAAAGCUACUAAAAUAUACUUUAAACAAGUUUUUGCGACAUUAUGUGGCGUAACUCAAAUAUUUCAAAACCAAAUGCUGUCUGCUGGGUUGAAUACUUAAUUUUUAUAUUCUUAUUUUUACCAGCUCAGAUUUCACAAAAUGUUUCUAAAAUAUACUUUUAACAAGCAUGUGUGACAUAAGUGUUGUCUUCUGGGUUGACUGCUUCAGCUAUUUUAUAUUCUUAUGUUUACCAUCUGAGAUGUCACAAAAAGUGUCUAAAAUAUACCUUAAAAGAGCUUUUGUGAUGUAACUCAAAUAUUCCAAACCAAAAUAGCAUCUACUGGGAUGAAUAUGUGGGGUUUUUUAUACAUUCUGCUAUUCUUACCAUCUUAGAUUUCACAAAAGCUUUGAAAAUAUACAAGUUUUGGACAUAUGUGACGUAACUCAUAUGUCAAACCCAAAUGUCGUCUGCUGGGUUGAAUACUUGUUAUUUUUAUAUUUUUACCAGCUUAGAUUUCACAAAAAAGCUUCUAAAAUAUUCCCCUCAAGAGCUUUUGUGACAUAUUUGGUGAUGUAACUCAAAUAUUAUGAAAGACAGCGGCGUCUAUUUAGUUGAAUACGUAGGUUAUUUAAUAUUCUAUUUUUAUCAGCUUAGAUGUCACAACAGGCUUUUGUAUAUAAAAUAUACUUUUCAAGGGUGUCAUUUACACACACACACAGACGGGGGAUGCACCUCCAUUCUUUUUUUUGUCCACAAAACACCGAGCAUGAAAGGAGCUAGUGGAACCUCGGUUUCCGACGAAAAUGAUUACAGUACUCCUAAUAAGCACUAAACCGAUGGCUGCAGAGGCGUUCAUGCACACUGCGUAUUUCUGAGUGUUACAUGAAUCUGCACUUUUUGUUAAAAUAACACUGCGAAAAAGUUGCAAGUGCCAAAACUUUAAUAAAGAAGGUGGGAAGUUGUUUAAUUCAAAAAAGAAGCCGUAGCAAAGUGUAGCGUUUGCUACAACAGGAUUGCAAUGGAAAGGCUCCUAGUUCCUAGUGGGAAUAGUUUCAGAGAGACACAUAACAGAAAAAGAGUGUGUGUGUGUGUUGACUGUACCGACUGCUUAAGUUUACAAGUAUGUAAGUAUGAGCAAGUAUACAGCUCUAACAGUCUACUCUUUAAAGUUAAGUUAAAUGAACUGGUGUGAAACAGCGGCUGCGCUCCCCUCACACCCUUCCCGCCACUCAUUCUAGUUCAACAAGUCUUCAAAAAAAAAAAAAAGUUUAAAAAAAAGCAUGUGAAAUGUUUGUUUAUAAAUUUUAUUCCUCAUUUAUGUAUUUUUCUUUUUUUUUUUUUUUACAUGUAAACUACAACUAGUAUCUGUAUUAUAGGGAACAUGUAUGUGGUUUUCGUCUGACCGUUUGGAACGUAUUCAUGACGAAAACGUAGGUUCCACUGCCCAUCGAUGAGCAAUGUAAUGUCCUCUUACAGUGUGAGCGUGUCCACCACGACCUACUUAAACCAGAAGAGACAAAGAAAACCCGAAACACCACCACAAAAGAGGUUACAUCUGAGGUUAGCACACCAACUGUGUGUUUACAUGAGUGCGACCUGACAGGAAGCGUGUUAAGGCACCAAACGGGCUUCAAUGUAACACAUUCUAUUUGUCGUAGAGGUCCAGCGGGUAGUGCUCCUUGUACUGCUGCACGUGCCUGAAGAGCGACUCCCGCUGCUUGCUCAAGGCGGGCGGCAUCUCCUCGUACACGUCGGUGAAGAGCAGCUCCGGGUUGGGCUUGAGGCGCUUCUCGGCACGCUCAAAGACCUCCAUGACCGUCUUGCGCGACUGCUUGCGCCAGCUCCGCUCGUCGUCCUCGCUCCACCAACCGCGCGCCGUCAUGUAGUGCCGGAGACGCGAGAUGGGGUGGUCUUGCUUGUCCCAGUAGUUGACCUCGUCCACCGAGCGGUAGGCCGAGCUGUCGUCGCUUGUGCUGUGGUGGCCGAUCCUGCGGGAGGGAUGGCCAUCACACUUACUGCAAGUAUGAACGCACAGGAUCUGACAAAAGCAAGCUUUUUUUUUGCGCCGGCAGAACUCGUGCAGCACCGACGACACCACCAACAUGCUUGAGACAAUAUUUUCACCAAAAAGCCAGAAAA